CGGGCCCGCGUCCCCUCGCCGCCGCCAUUUUGUGUGUGUGUGUGUCGCCACUGGCGGCGCCCCCUCUCGGCCUCGGCCCUCCGAGAUGGCGCCGAAGGUGCUCGGCAGGGCGCUGGUCACCGCCAAAUGGCUCUCGGAGGCUGUGCGGGCCGGGCAGGUAGGGACGAGCCUGCGGGUACUGGACGCCUCCUGGUACCCGCCGGAGGAGCGAAACGCCCGGCAGGAAUUCAAGGAGAGGCACAUCCCCGGGGCAUCCUUCUUCGACAUCGAGGAGUGCCGGGACCAGUCCUCCCCCUACGACUUCAUGCUGCCCAGCGAGUCCCACUUCGCUGACUACGUGGGGCGCCUGGGGGUCAGCAACGACACCCACGUGGUGGUGUACGACGGGAACGAGCUGGGCACCUUCCAUGCCCCCCGCGCCUGGUGGAUGUUCCGGGCCUUUGGGCAUAAGGAGGUCUCCGUGCUGAACGGCGGCUUCAAGAACUGGGUGGAAGAGGGCCACCCCGUCACAGCAGAGGUCAGCCAGCCCGCCCCAGCCAUCUUUAAGGCCAAGCUGAACACGGCCCUGCUGAAGACCUUUGAGGAGAUGAUGCAGAACGUGGGGACCCUGCGGUUCCAGGUGGUGGAUUCCCGCCCCGAGGCCCAGUUCCAGGGGACCAAGCUGGACCAAGGGUUGGAAUCUGGUCACAUCCCUGGUGCUGUGAACAUACCCUUCCACUCAUUCCUGACAGAAACCGGCCAUGAGAAGAGUAUUGAGGAGAUCCAAGAAAUAUUCCGUGAGAAUAAAGUGGAUCUCUCAAAGCCGCUGGCAGCCACGUGCCGCAGAGGUGUCACGGCAUGUCACAUUGCCUUGGCAGCCUACCUCUGUGGCAAGCGUGAUGUGGCUGUUUAUGAUGGUUCCUGGUCUGAGUGGUUCCACCGUGCCCCACCUCGCUACAAGGUCUCUGAGUUGAAGCGCAACAAGGCCUAGAGGGAGAGUUGUUUCUUGGGCAAUGAGAUCUAGCAGCUGUCUCCAGCCCAGGGUACUGGGAAAGGGAGGAGGUGAAAGUAAAGAAAAAACAUGCUCAUGUGUAUUUUGUCGGUUUCUCUAAGAACAAUCAGUAGAUUUCGAUCGAUCUUUCGGUUUCUCACAAAGAAUAAAAUGUAAGAUGAUGCAUCUGCAAAUAUUUCUAAUUCUUCUCUGUUGCCUGGGACAUGUUUGUGCUGGGUGGGAAAAGCAGCUUUGCAACAUGAAGAAGAGUUGCACUUUUGUCUGAGGACUUGGAAUUUUGGUGGCCUGGUGAGAGUUCAGGUCCAUGGUGGAGCAGAAUGGAUGAAAAGUCUGGGGCUAAAAUACAGCAUUGGGUGCUGGACACAGGAGGGCUAAGCUGUGAUUCUAUCAUUGACUCUGUGUAAGACCUUUUGCCAGCCCACCAUCUCCCCUUUUCUAAUGUGGAAAAUGGGGGCACCUUCCCUUUCCUUUCUGAUGGGGUCAACAAGCUCAUGCGAAGCAUUUGGGGAUGCUGGAAGAUCCAGUUCUGCUGAAAUACAGUCUUGUUGAUUAUCAUGACUGUGUUACAGAAGUCUCCCAAGAAAUCCUAUGUAUGUCAUGAGAACUUCUGGGCACAGGUGUUUCAUGAGACAUGAGCCUUUUACUCUCGCCCUUGUUUGUU